UCACGUUCCUCAUUCAUCUUCAUCAAAUUUCCGAUUCAAUUUUCUCUCUGAAGCAAAAAACAUGAAGUUCACAAAUAUGAAACUCCAGGCAAGGAAGGCUGUGAGAGCUUACUUCGUAAGGAAUUGGACAAUAGAAGACCUGAUGAAUAAUGAUGAAAUUCCCGAGCACGCUUGCGCAAGCUUGAGGACGGUGUAUCUUACUCUCUUAUGUGCCUUGUGGAGCUUUUCUUUUGGAUCUUUCUUGCAAUUGAUCUGGGAAGCGGGAGGGCGAUUCACAGUCCUUUCUUCUGUAGCAAGUUUACCCUGUCUGUACUUUAUAUCACCAUUGAGAGUGAGGACGAGGGUCUCACUCUUGAUGUUUGCAGCCUGUAACAUGGGUGCUUCUUUUGGCCUUUAUAUCGAAUAUCUCUUCGGAAUGAAUCAAAUCCUUGUUGUCAGCCUUUAUGCAGGUCCAACACUUGCCAUUGGAACUUUCUGGAUUGAAUCCUUGUUAUCGAGGGAAAGGAGAGAAAUCUAUAUCAACUGCCUGACUUAUCCUUUUAGUCUAAUGCUUGCCACCUAUGUUGUUAGAACUUUCGAAGUCAUUAACAUACACGUAGCUCAUUGGAUGUUAAAGGUAUGCGUUGUGCUUGCAUUGUUCUUGGGGUAUGUUGUGGUAUAUAGCCAAGAGAUACUGUAUGAUGCUAACUUUAGAGAAAUCAACUUUGUCAAUCGCACACUCACCAUCUUCUUCCAUUUACCGGGUAUAGUGGUCCAUGCUGCAAGACUAUGCGUGGGUGCAAAUAUUGAGCAACACCGACAGAAUUAAUGCUGAUACACUUGGAACUGCAGAAUAAAUAGAGUAGAAUGCAGAUGAGGAACUGUAAAUGAUGAAAAGUAUUCCUUUGUCACUACAUUUUACUGAUUCAAUUUGAUAUUCGUUAGUCUGAA